AUGCAGGCGGGCUGGUUCCCUACUGGCCGGCAGAAGAGUCUGAAGCCAAGCCUCAGCAAGGAUCCCGUCGAGGUGGAGGAGUUUCAAGCGCCGCAGGCGAAAGGCCCGAACAGCUGGCAGAGCUGGCGUGGCCCCAGGUUUCUUCUUGGGUUAGCCGCAGGGAUCCUUGUCGGCGCCGUCAUGAAGGCAGCCCUUUUGCGUCCAGCUCUUACAGUGCUUACAGAUGCGUUGCCUCCCCCAAAGCACUGGACGGCAUCUUGCGGGACUGUCGGAUGGCAUUGCUGUCUGCUGGUGACAAUACGUGGACGAAGCUCUUGA